UGUCACGUGACACGUUUGUCAGCUGGGGCAGGACGACGUCGCAAAAAUGGUGAUCUUCAGUGUGUAUGUGGUGAACAAGGCUGGAGGUUUAAUUUACCAAUAUGACAAUUAUGUGCCGAGGGCCGAGGCUGAGAAGACAUUCAGCUAUCCUUUAGAUUUAGUGCUGAAGCACCACGAUGAGAAGGUCGUCGUCUCGUUCGGACAGCGGGACGGAAUCAGAGUGGGCCACGCAGUGCUGUCCAUCAAUGGAGUUGAUGUGCUUGGUAAAAACACAGCAGAUGGAAAGGACAUCCUGGAAUACUUGAAGGAUCCCGCAAAUUAUCCAGUGUCCAUUCGCUUUGGACGGGCACGCCUGAGCUCCAACGAGAAGCUGAUGCUGGCGUCUAUGUUUCACUCGUUGUUUGCUAUAGGUUCACAGCUGUCCCCUGAAGUUGGCAGUUCAGGGAUUGAGAUGCUAGAAACGGACGUCUUCAAGCUCCACUGUUUUCAGACCCUGACAGGAAUAAAGUUCAUUGUGUUGGCGGACCCUCGUCAGUCUGGUAUUGAUGCGCUAUUAAGGAAGAUUUAUGAAAUCUAUUCAGAUUUUGCCCUCAAGAACCCAUUUUAUUCUCUGGAAAUGCCAAUCAGGUGUGAACUCUUUGAUCAGAAUCUGAAGAGUUCACUGGAGAUUGCAGAGAAAGCCGGCAACUUUGGAGCUGGAUCGUGAACCAGAGAAGACUAGAUUGAAUGUGCUCUAACUUAUAACCACAACUGACUUCACAUGACUGUGGUUUAAGUUAAGUUGGUGGAUUUUCUUUGUCUUUGCAAUUAACAAACUGUAAAUACGUCAUUUUGUAAAUACUUGAAAGAUUAAAUUACAUAUUGUGUGUAAACACUUUA